AUGGCGAUCACUCGAUCCUUCGUGUCGUCCUUGGAACCCGUUGCCUACAGGCCUUGCCAGCACCUCUUACCGCACUGGGCAGAUGAAAGUGCAAGAACAUACACCACACCCACCCACAUGGGCAUACGGACGGUAAGGGAUCCGGGCCGGGAAUCUGAUCCAAUCUCACCUGGGCGCCUGAAGAAGGCGCAGCCCACGGGAUGCGAUAACAUGAAAUCCCAUCGCGCGCCAUUGGUCGAUAUCAUCUGGAAGGAAGCUAGUCCAACAAAGUCGGGCGAAAUAUCUUUGCGAAUUGCAAAAGCACAUCGGACUUACGGCCGAAGGCCUCCGCUGGCGGAGCAAAAGGUCGACUGUCCCACUUCUUGUAUUAAUACGUCAGUUGCUGUGUCAAAAGAUUGCUUUAUAAUUACUCAGAUUUCAUGA